ACACGUCAACUGUUUGACAUUUAAUAUCUUUAAACACGCAGAUUCCGUUUAGGGUGGCAAAUUGUUUAUAAGCCUUUGAUAACGGCAUAAUGCAUUUUUAUAAUUACGUGUGUUAGAAAAAAGGAGAAACUUUUAUUUGUUAGUCACUGACUACUUUUGCUUAUGCAAUUUCUUCUGGCUUCACGCUUGUGUUGAUGUAAACAUGGACAGGCCGGACGCCACAUUUACCCUAGCUUAUGUAGUAUUUGCUUUAUGUUUUGUUUUUACACCUAACGAGUUCCGUUCUGCCGGUUUCACGGUGCAGCACAUGUUCUCGGAGUGGCUGGGCAGUGAGGACAUCAGCUUCAUUCAACACCACAUCAGGAGAACAACACUCACAGUGCUCUUUCACAGCUUCCUGCCUCUGGGAUACUACAUUGGAAUGUGUUUUGCUGCCCCAGAACGGAAUCUCAUGUACGUCCACCAUGCAAGUCAGGGAUGGCAAAUGUACUUUGGGCUUUCACUCAUCAUCCAGCUUUUAAGUUGCGCCCUUGCUUUCUAUUGGUCCAGACGUGGAUGGGCAAAUCAUCCCAUAUGUAAGGCACUAAGCGUACAUGCCUUACCACAGUCCAGCUGGCGGGCUGUCGCAUCCUCCAUCAACACAGAGUUUCGCCGCAUCGAUAAAUUUGCUUCUGGUUCUCCUAGCGCAAGGGUCAUCGUGACUGAUACUUGGGUGAUGAAGGUCACAACGUACUCUUUGCAUGUUGCAUUGCAUCAGGACUGUCAUUUGACGGUCACAGACUCCAAGCAUCACAGCCUAUCACCUGAUUUAAACACACCGGUGCAAAUUGUCACCAUCACUGUUGGUAGUAUCAAUCCCAGAGUCAAGUCAUUUGACAUAAGGUUGAAAUCCACAGAGUACGCAGAGCUGCAGGAGAAACUGCACGCACCCAUCAGAAAUGCUGCCAAUGUUGUCAUCCAUCUGACAAUGAGUGAGCUCUUUCUGGAUACAUUCAAGUCAUAUGUGAGGAUGAAUGUUGUUUACAAGUGUCCAAGUGGGCAGGAGCUUGAACCUUGUAUCGGAUGCAUGCAAGUCAAUGCCAACGUAAAGCUUCUUCGUCUCUGCCAGGGCGAUGAAGGCGAAUGCCAGCAGUGUUACUGCCGCCCCAUGUGGUGUCUGACAUGUAUGGGCAAGUGGUUUGCCAGUCGACAGGACCAGCAGCAGCCGGAGACGUGGCUGAGCAGCAGGGUCCCGUGUCCCACCUGCAGGGCCAAGUUUUGCAUCUUGGAUGUUUGUCCCAUUGAAUGAAAGUUUGAUGUCUGAUAACCUUUGCAACACAAAAUGUACUACAUGAUUCUUUCCAAACCUCUGUGCCUCCCAAACGAUGGUGAAUUUGACCAAACCUCAAGAGCUCAAGUCCAUAUUAUCUCACCCCAAAAACUGAAGAAAUACGACAAUACUACAAUGCAAAAAAUCUCAUUGUAUGGACAAACAUUCAAUUUUUUACAGUUGGACAUCAUUUUUUUUUUUACAUCAUCGCAUUGCUUGUUGCACUUCAGACAUUUUUCUUUGGGAGCGAAUGUGCCUAAUUGUAUUGAAGAUAAAGUUAAAGUGAAGUUGGUGGCCUGCUGAUUUGUGCUCAACUUGACACUGUUGUUACCGAGAUGAUGCUUGCUAGACACGGAUGAUAUGAUAAAAUUUGCACCAAAAUGGUUUGUGAUAGGUUUGAAACUAUCAAGUUUCAACACUGCGCAUCCAAAAAAAGUCACCUCCUGGAUUUUGCUAAGCAAUUCGUUAAGAGAUUCUCAUAAUUACUGCAUAGAUGAUUAUGUUUCAGCUGAUAACUUGUUAUUUAACCCUAAUCAAUGCAGAGUAGCUUCUCAUUUAAAGUCAACGUGAACUGGAAAUUGUUGAGACCUUUAUUUUAGUAUAUUGAUGUUCUUCCAACUGAAAUGGAAUAUUGAGUAGGGGCAGAGCUUUCUUUCUGUGCAUCAUUUCCUCAUCACAAACUAACAGUAAAGUUGCGGUCACACCAGAGUUUGUGUGUGCUAAAUUCUGUCGUGCGGCGCUGUGAAAAGGGGCGGGAUUAAACAAGAUAAUUAGACACUUAAAAAAAGCGAGCGAUUUGUUUUAUGUUUUAAAUUUCUGUCCAGAGAGGUCCUGUUUUGAUACUCGAUUGGUCUCACGCAGUCAAGGCAUGCGAUUUCGCAGGUCAGAGUUCACCAAACUUGAACUUUGCACCGCAGCGAACUGCGAAACUUGACGCAUUCGCGUGCGUAUGAAUGGAAGUCUAUGGGAGGAAAAGCCCAGUGUGACCGCAGCUUUAGAGAGUCGUAGGGAAGGACUGCCACUCCAAAUGCGGAAUGGUCAGACUUUGAUGACCAAUAAACAUUUUUGUCCCACUUUAUAUUAGGUGGCCUUAACUAUUAUGAACUUACCAACCCAGACUCAUUCUGAAAACAUACCACUAUGUAUAUUUCUGGAGAGUGCCAAAUACAUCUCAAGGGGUAUGUUUUUUUUUUACGAAUCCACCAGAGGCUGCUGUGUAUGCAUUUUGAGAUCUCAAAUUUCUCUCACGAGUGUCAUUUAUCCCUGCUGUUCUUACGGAAAUCCACCAGAGGCCACUGUCGACUGACUGAUUGAUCGACUGGCCCAACCUCCUCCUUCCCUAAACCCAACCAAUAGUGUUUUUAAAAGCACCGAUUGACAAGCGCCCACCCACUUCCCUAAACCCAGCCGACAGAGUUUUAAAAAGCAAUCCAGAAAAAGAAAGCUCGCUUGAUUUUAACCACGAUUUCAAAUUAUACCACAUUCUUACCCUGUUAUUUACUUUAUUAAAUUUUUUCUCUGGAUCCAUUCUUCGCCAGAUUCAAAUCUCGUGAUCAUGGUCAACUCUUCUGCGUCUUAAGUCCGCUCACGUACGUGGCAAGCUACUGGACAAAUUGUUAACAGCGUUCAUGGCCGUCCAUACAGAGGUAAGGGGUCAGUUGAUAAGCACGAAAAAGAACUGCAUCAUACCACCCCAUAGCGUUCGUUUUAAAGACGAAAUGCAGCCAUAUGUACUUUCUGGCUACAUAAUUCACGACCUCCAGAAAUGAAUAUAGAGAUACGUUUUCAGAAUGAGCCUAUGUUGGUACUUACACUGAAAUUAAUCAUUUUUUACAAUGAACUUAAUGUACAACAAUUCCUUACACCUUAAGCCAGCAUUAAACCUACCCGUACCAGCAAACCUGUCCCUAACCCUACCCGUAUCCAGAAGUGUUCUGCAAUACAUUAUGAACAUUGUAGUUAAGGUCACCUAUUAAUUUAACCUGCACAAAUUAAUUGUUCACCUGAAGAAAAACAACAUGCACUAGCAAAAUAAACGUAGAUAUUGAUUUCACAGGGAUGUCAAUCAUGUUGAAAACACAUCCUGUGGUCAAGGAAAAUAUCUGUUUCAGAAGAAUCAAAUUAUUGGUAUGGAUCAUGUAAAUAAAACAUCUAAGGUGCUUGCUGAAACUACUAAAAUUGGGAACUGUCCAACACAUUCAAACUGGAUGGACAAUGAAGAACCAUCAUUUUUGAGGAAGAAAUGUGAUCAGAAAGAACAAUCUUAAAUGAUUGGGAUUGGCGAUCACUUAAACGCUCGGUAAAAUCUAAUCAUAAGAAAAAAAACCCCAACAGUAGAACUCACUGCUUUGUUUAUGUUAAAAAUAAGAGCAUUUCCACAUGAACAGUGAAAAGGGAAUUCGAAUUGCUGUGUAGCCCUUCGAAAACCACAUAUCAGUGAGUCUAAUUGGGAUAAAAGAUUCCGUUUUCUAGGGAGCAUGAAGAUUAUAUUCUGGAUCAUUGAAAGAAGGUCAUAUAGUCUGAUGAGUCCAGAAUUGCUGUGUUCCAGAGUGAUGGACUCAUCAGGGUUAGAAGAGAAGAGGGUGAAGUGAUGUACCCAUCAUGCCUAGUUUAUACCAUACAAGCCUGUGGGGGCAGUGCUGUGAUCUGGGGAUGCUGCAGUUGGUCAGGUCUAGCUUCGGCAACAUGGGGUCAGCUAACUGUCUGAAAAUAAUGAAUGAGCAUGUUAUUCAAUCAAGUUUUUUUUCACUGAUGGCACAGAUAGUAAAAACAAUCCUGACAAAACCAGGAUUCAAAUUGUGAAAAACGAAUUGGACAUGGUUUUUACACUUGGAUUGGCCACCACAGAGUCAAGACCAUAACCCUAUUGAGAUUUUUUUGGGAUGUGCUGUAGAAGAGUUUGCAUAGUGGUCAGACUGUCUCAUCAUCAGUACAAGAUCUUGGUGACACAAUGAUAGUUUCUGCAGAAAUACACAAUUCUGAGGAAAGAAACAGAUCAGAACAGAAACUCACAUUGCCAUCUUAAACUUACAGUAAUAGAAACAUGACAUGAUAGCAAAAAUUGGACAGCAGGUUGAGUAGACUAGUUUGCAUAAGGCCAAUUAAAAUGUCUAUAAACCCAUCAUUGACUAUCUGCUUGUUUAGUCGUGAUGUAUAAAAUACUUUUUCCAGGUCCAAGCCACUACUCAUUUGAAUUAUGACCACUUUUUAGUCAUAUCACACAUUAAAGGGAAUUUGAUAUAAAAUCAUAGUGUACACAACAGUCUCUGAACUUGCUGCAUCACAGACACCAAUAUUUUAAUAAUUUUCUGGCCAUCUGAUAUUAGGCAUGGAGAUUCUAUCCACAGUUUAUGAAUUGGAAAUGAAUGAACUAGUUCUCAUAGUGUAUGACUGAUUAUGCACCAAAUUCCAGAAUUCAGCAAGAAUGUAGAUAUCAUUCAUAUGAAGCCGUUAGUUGGGACGUGUGCUUUUCAUUCAGUCUCUGUAUUUGUAUCUGCUGUUGACUUCAAAUGUUGCUUAAAUGGAUAGUUCACCCAAAAAAUGUAAAUUCGUUCAUUAUCUACUAGUUAUUAACCUGUUUGUGCUUCUUCCUUCUGUUCAACGCAAAAGAAGAUAAUUUGAAGAAUGUAAAAAACAACAACAUUGACUUUUUGACCAUGGAUGUUAUUUUAAAACUUUGCUCUCAAUAUGUGGUGUUUUGUGUUCAACAGAAGAAAGAAGUUCAUAAAAGUUUAGUACCACUUGAGUGUUUUCAUUUUUGAGUGCACUGUCCCUUUAAUUCAGAUUCAAACUCUUUCAGAAUCUUCAUUAAUGAAUUCAAAUAUAUACAGGGUGUCAGCAGGAUCUUAAAAAGUCUUAAAUCUCAAAAUCCUAAUUUUAGGCCUUAAAAAGUCUUAAAUUUUCUGAAAUAUUGUGUAUUUGUAUUUUUUUUAACAGGUCUUAAUUUUCCUUUAUGUAUUGCUACCCAAUCUGGCCAAAACCCAUACAAAUCACCAACAAUUAAUUUCAAUAAAACGUUAAAGUUUUUAUUGAAAAAGGUCAUUUUUAACUAUUUAUCAUAAUGGUUUAAUUAAUUUCCUUACAUUAACAUUUGUUUAAAAGUUAUCCAUGUAUUUACACCGACCUGGACAGAUUGUUGUUUGUAGAUUGUUUAUUAUUGUUUUUAAAACUUAAGACAUUUGGUAAUUUUUUAUUUUUAUUUUAAAGAAAGUUUAUGUUGGGAAAAAAAGUGUAUGUAUACAAGUAAAGCUUGCUUGUUUUUACACAAUAUUUUAAAUAUUUUGCUAAGAAAUAAAAUCCACAAUAUUUUAAAUGUUUAUUAUUAAUGUUUUAUUUUAUUUUCAAAUGUGUUCAAUUAUAAUAAUUUUUUUUGAUAGGUCAAACAAAAAUCUUUUCCAUCUGGGCCAUUUGAAAAAUGUCUUUUAACUUGGUGAAACCUGCAGAAACCUUGUAUAUAACACAAAGACAAUUUAUUUGUGUAUCAUUUUCAUUCAACUAAGUGUUUCUUGGAGAAAAAGGUGAUUUAAACUUUGUU